AUGGCAUUUGCUNAGGUAAGAAUAUGGGGCGAACUACUGGAAGCACGAUGUUACGAAGUGGAGGCAAAGAAAAUGGGCUUGGAUAUUUCGAAACGAGCCGCAUUCAAUGUGGUGAAGGGUGCUACAGUCGUUGUCGGUGCAGUUUUUAUUGUCUGGGACAUAAAGUCUUUGGCUGAUAGUCUUACUAGUGAUCAUCCUGCUGCCGAACCUGUGAAGACGCAAAUUAAAAACAUUGAGCAACUGUUGGAGAACUUGACAGAGCUGAGAAGCUCUUUUUACGAAGAAGACGAUGACUAA